AUGUUGCUGUGGUUCUUUAACGUAGGCGAGCUCAUCUAUCCGAACGGUGGGCGAUACAGGGCCACUUGGGUAAGAGGAAAGGGUACUAACGGUCAGUACUUCUUCAGUGAUAACCUAGAAUACAAAGUGUACGACUGGGACUACAUCACUCCGGAAGACCGCCGGUUUUACGCUGAGACUCUCGGAGGCUUUCGUCCUCAAGGAAUAGCGCUUCAGACAAACAAUGGAAAAGCCGAAAGCAUCCCCUACGGGACAUACAACACAGGUGAGGAAACACCUCAGUCGUACUUGUUUGCCUGCACAAGCUCCUACAUGGAGAUGGUAUGGAGAACUCGCGAAGCCAACAAUCGACAGUCUCGCCGCUCAGCUUCGUUGCGAACUGUCAUGCACAAAAAAGCGUAG